AUGUGUGGAAUAUUUCUUUCGGAAGACAAAGACUUGGCUUCAGAGGAGAUGGCAUUGCUCAUAGGAAACAGAGGAGGAGACCACAGCAGCAAGGUGUGCACUGAUGGGGUUGUGGCCAUUUCCUCGGUGCUCUCCAUAAGAGGAUCAGUUGGGCAGCCUGUGUUGGGCGCCGGGUAUCUGUUUCUCUACAAUGGCGAGAUCUACAACGGAGAGCCAAGCGACACUUUGUUCAUUAAACAUACAGUCGACAGGCUCCUGCAGGAGUGCAGUGGACUGGGGGAGUCCGAGGGAGACAUUGUGGAUAGGAUUUACGAGGAGAUCAACAGACAUGAGAACGAGAUGGCAGUGGUGUUAAUGCUGGGAGACCGCGUGUAUUUCUUCAAAGACGAUAUAGGGAGAAGAAGCCUGGGAUAUGGCCUGGACCCGUUCUACGUCUCUUCUGUGGGGUACACCGAGGAGGUCAAUCCCAUGCUGAUCUACUCAUACAACAAAGCGACUCGGAGGCUCGACGAAUGGCCCAAGAAUAGCAGAAUCGUCAAGAGAUACAUUUCUCUCGGCGGUGCGAUUCUAAGCCGCCUUUGUGAUGCGAAAUACUCAAAGAAAUACCAGUACCUAAGGAGACACCUAGUGUGCGGGAAAGUGGAGGGUAGCAGGACGGAGCUGAAUGACGUAAACGCUGUGAUUAGUGGAUUCAGCAGACUUUUCAGGAGGUCCGUCGAAAGAAGGAUUUUGGAAGGGAAUGUCUGUGUGUUUUUCAGCGGAGGAGUCGACUCAAUGCUUGUAGCGGUUUUCCUUCACUAUGUCGCCUCUCCCCAGCAAAAGAUCUACCUGAUAAACACGUCGUUUGGGCCGUCGUGGGAUAGAGACGCCGGAAGAAGAGGGUUUGAAGAGCUUUGCUCAAGGUUUGGGAAGAGAUCUUUUGUUUUUGUUCCCAACGAUGUUACGAUUGAAGAGGUUAGAGCUGCCAAGGAACAUAUAUACAGGCUGAUAUAUCCAAAAAGUGGCCCUAUGGACUUCAACAUAGGGGCAACGCUAUUCUUCACGGCAAGAGAGUCGAGGAAGUAUGGCAGAGUUGCAUAUCUGGGGUCGGGGGCAGACGAGAUGUUUGGCGGAUACCAUAAGUAUAAGGACAGCUGCUUCAGAGAGGACAUGAUGUUCGACCUCUUUACAAUCUCGCACCACAAUCUCUGCAGGGAUGAUAGGGUUAUCUCCGACAGCCAGGUUGAGUGCAGGUUUCCCUUUUUGGACUCGGAAUUGGUCGAGUAUUCCCUGGAAAUCGGGAGUAGCGUGAUCAUGAUGAACGGAGAAAGAAAGUUCGUCAUAAGAGAGGUUCUUCGGAGGAACGGGCUUGGGUCUGCGUCUACCAUUCCAAAGAAGGCAAUGCAGUACGGAAGCGGGAUGUCUAAGAUAGAAGGAAAGAUAUAG